CAAUCUCCAUGGCCCACACUCACUUCCCCCAAAGAUCUCCCAAAACAUCACCAGACCAAAUGCCUCGAUUUCAUUUCACUCCAAUUCAUCGACAAAAGGGCAAAAGCUGCGGAGAUUUUCGCAAGUCUCCCCCUCUUUGAAAAAAUGGCAGCUCUUGCUUCGAUCACUCCACACUCUUCUUCUUCUUUACAUCCCAAGUCCCACCUCUCUUCAAACACUAGUCACCACUCCAUUUCUUCGUACUGCGUGACCAGAUCAGUUAGAACUAAUAGGCAGAGACUAUAUUCAGAGUCUGGCUCUAGGGGCCUAAAGAUCCAAAGUGCAGCAACAAAACCCGCAAAAUCGCCAGCUGAGGAAGACUGGAAGAUUAAGAGGGAGGUUCUGCUAGAGAAAAAGGUAAGGAGUGUGGAUGCCAAGGAAGCUCUUCGCCUUCAGCAAGAGAAUAACUUUGUGAUUCUUGACGUCAGGCCUGAAGCAGAAUUCAAAGAGGCUCAUCCUCCAGGCGCUAUUAAUGUGCAAAUAUAUAGGCUUAUAAAGGAAUGGACAGCGUGGGACAUUGCUAGGCGUGCUGCAUUUGCAUUUUUUGGCAUAUUUGCAGGCACAGAAGAGAACCCAGAGUUCAUGCAAAGUGUGGAAUCGAAAAUAGAUAAGAGCGCAAAGAUAAUAGUGGCUUGCUCAUCUGGGGGUACCAUGAAACCGUCCCAAAACCUCCCUGAAGGCCAGCAGUCAAGGUCACUGAUAGCAGCCUACUUACUCGUCCUCAAUGGUUACACCAAUGUCUUUCACUUAGAAGGGGGACUCUACACAUGGUUCAAAGAAGGCUUGCCAUCAGUUUCAGAAGAAUGAAAUCUCCAUCAGAUUUAGUUAUUUCUACAGAAGGUGGGUUUUUGUAAAAGGAUCAUGUAUAUCAUCAUUGGUUCGACUUGUGUCCUUCGUGUAAGAGUUUGUAACAUAUUUGGAGGCUUAUGUUAUGUAUCUGGGAUGCUAACUAGUAGGCUGUUUCUAACAUUUGUUGCAUAUGAAAGAAAUGGUUGCGUACCUGCUUACAAGCCA